AUGGUUGCAUCUAGAGAAGAUCUUUACCGAUCGUUGGUUUCUUCGUGUGAAGAGAAAAAGCUACAGAUAGAAUCAUAUAAAAAUAAACUUCAACGUGUCAAUGAAGAUUGUGAAACUGUACAAUGUUCAUUGAUAGACAAUUGUGAGCUAUUACCAAAAUUAAUAUCAGAUGUAGAAAGUCAAUUGUAUGCAGUUGAAUCAGAUAUUCAUCGAGAAUUUGAAGCAUUCAAUCGUGCUGUGGAUAGCUUAUCAAUGCUUCAAAAAUAUGAACAUUUAAUAACUACAGAGUUGAAACCAACAUUUGAUCAAGUGUAUGCCUUAAUGGAGAAAUUAGUGGAAGUUACAAAUAACGAGAAAGAAUAUCAAGGAGUAGUGGAUUUACUAGUGAAAGAUAAUAAGAAAAUGCAGGCAACAGUGGAAGAAGUACAGGCACAGUUAGCUGAACAUCAUUCACAGGUGGUGAGAAGGAAGUUGUUAUUGAAUAACAGGAAGAAGGCACGUGAAACUGAUGAUGCAGAUAGGUCAAAAAAGAUUGACCAGUUUGUAGCUGAAGAAGAAACAUUGCAGAAACAAUUGUCUGGUAUCACUCGAGGCAAUUCAUGCACGAUGAGACAGAUAAACAAAGAAGAGGAGGCACUUCAAGAGGUUUCAAAAUGUCGAAUUUCCUUUGAAGAACUGAACGAAGUACUACUUGAUAUAAACCACAUUGUAGAGAGAAUUUCUUCGUCAAGAUGA